GCCAUGCCUGGUGGUCAGAAGAGUGAGCUCCGCGCUCCUGAGGAACCCUGCGAGGCCCCAGGUGAAGACCAGGGCCUUGGGGCUGCCCGGGCCACUCCAGCAGGGGAAGAGGAGUCUCCCUCGUCCCCCUUUCCUGUGUCUGGGUGCACUCCACCCAGUGCCCCUGCUGCAGGCACUCCCCAGGAGUCUCAGGGAGCUCCAGCCACUAGUUCCCCUGCUGCAGCAAUUUCCGGGGCAAGUUCUGGUGACGGUGCCCAGAGCCGAGGGGAGGAAAGUCCAAGUUCUCCCCAGGCUCCGUCCUCCUCGGAGAGCUCUGGCAGCGAUCCCCUGGCCAUAAAAGUAGGCAUGUUGGUGCAGGUUCUGCUGUACAAGUAUAGAGUGAAAGAGCCCAUUACAGAGGCAGAAAUGCUGACGAUCAUCGACCAGGAGUACAAGGAGCACUUCCCUGAGAUCCUCAGCAGAACCACUGAGCGCAUGGAGCUGGUCUUUGGCCUUGACCUGAAGAAAGUCGACCCCAGCAACCACUCCUACGUCCUUGUCGCCAAACUGGACCUUCCCAACGAAGGGGGACUGGGCGGUGGCAUGGGCUUUCCCAAGAAUGGGCUCCUGAUGCCUCUCCUGGGUGUGAUCUUCCUGAAUGGCAACCAUGCCUCCGAGGAAAAGAUGUGGGAAUUCCUGAAUAUGUUGGGGAUCUACGCUGGGAGGAGGCACUUCAUCUUUGGGGAGCCCAGGAAGUUCAUCACUGAAGAUUUGGUGCAGCUACAGUACCUGGAGUACCGCCAGGUGCCCGACAGUGAUCCUCCACACUACGAGUUCCUGUGGGGCCCGAGAGCCCACGCUGAGACCACCAAGAUGAAAGUGCUGGAGUUUUGGGCCAAAGUCAAUGAGAUGGACCCAAGUGGCUUCCAGUUUCUGUAUGAAGAGGCUUUGAGAGAGGAGGAAGAACGGGCGCUGGCUGAGCUGCAGCCAGGACCCGCUCCGGGGCCACGUCCAGCAGCUCUUCCCAGCGCUAGGGAGGUCUGA